CGCCCGUUUGCGAGUCCGGCCCGUCCAGACGGGUAGCCAUCAGUAACGCCGUCGCUCAUGGUAGGCCAGACGGGUAGCCGUGGUGACGGGAGGGUUGACGGGAAUGGUGAAAGUGGUGACGGGAGUGUAGUAACGGGAGUAUAGAGGUAUAGAUAGCAACAUGGCUGUUCGGGGCCGGCAUCGCACACCAUGAGCGCAACACUCGCACCCCCCAGCGUCGACGUCGGCGCCCUGUCGCCCGCAGCCGCCAAGUCACGUGCCUCCACAGCCGCGAAGAAGCAGACCCCGACGGCCUUGGUCUCGCUGCUGUCCGGUGCCGUCGCGGGCGGCGUCGAGGCCACGGUCACAUAUCCUUUCGAGUUUGCCAAGACGCGCGCCCAAUUGCAGGCCGGCACCGGUGGCUCCAAGAACCCCUUCGCCGUGGUCGCUCACGUCGCCCGCACCCAUGGCGUCGGCGCCAUCUAUACAGGCUGCUCCACGCUGAUAGUAGGCACCGCCUUCAAGGCCGGCGUGCGCUUCCUCUCCUUCGACUCGAUCCGCAACCGCCUCGCCGACGAGCAUGGCGUGCUGUCUCCCGCGCGCGGCGUGCUGGCCGGAAUGCUGGCCGGCAGCGUCGAGAGCAUCGUCGCCGUCACGCCCACGGAGCGCGUCAAGACGGCCCUGAUCGAUAACGCGAAGAGCACCACUGCCGCGCGCUAUCGCGGGGGCUUCCACGCUACCAAGAUGAUCCUGCAAACCCACGGCCUGCCUGGCCUGUAUCGCGGGCUCGUGUCCACAACCAUGAAGCAGUCGGCCACCUCUGCCGUCCGCAUGGGCUCCUACAAUGUCUUGAAGGACUUGUCGCGCCAGAACAACUUGCCGCAGAAUAGCUUCGUCACGUUCGGGCUGGGUGCCAUAGCCGGCACCGUUACCGUGUAUGCAACACAGCCGUUCGAUACCAUCAAGACGCGCGCCCAGAGCGCACAAGGCGCAAGUACAAUGGAGGCCUUUUGGAGCGUUAUGCAACACUCCGGUGUACGCGGUUUCUGGAGUGGCAGCACUAUGCGACUGGGCAGGUUGGUCUUCAGUGGCGGCAUAGUCUUUACCGUAUAUGAGAAGCUGGCAGCUCUUAUGACUCCAUCAUCGUUAUAGACGUCGGGCAAUGUUUUUUAGUGGCGUUGAUUGAUAUCCAUAGAAUUUGGCUUUGCGCCAUGUCGUCUAGU